CAGACGGAGUCCUCCAGCUGCAGCCUGACAAUCUGAUCCACCAUCAACAAUGCUCCGUGUCACCACCGCCUCCCUGUGCACUUCCUGUCGGAGGAUGAGGCUGCUCCUCCCCCCCUCUGCCUCCGCCUCCACAGUAGCUCCACCUAACAAAAGACCGGAGAACCAGCACACGGUGAACUCCCUCUACAAACUGUCCGUGGACAUCCAGAAGAUUCGCAAGUCCAAGGGCUGGGUGCUGUUGGAGAGUUCCGCAUUUGUGUCCGAAACUGCCAAUCUCCUGAGGGACAUGGGUGCAGAUGGGACAGUCAUCGCCCGAGUCCUGGAGGCGCACCCCGAGGCCGUCCUCUGUCCCCCGCAGGAAGUAGCUGCCCAGAGAGACCUCUGGGCGUCCGUGUGUCCCGGCAAACAAGACUUGAUGAGCAUCGUUGAGAAGUUCCCAGCCUCCUUCUUUGCGUUAACUCAUCGUAGCAACCAGCGGGCAAACAUCCUGAUCUUCCGGAACCUAGGCCUCAGCAAGCAGAUCAUUGGGGAACUGAUGGCGAGCAUGCCGCAGUGCUUCAGUCGACCUGUGGAACACAACCAGAAGGUCCUCCACACGCUGAGGGACACCUACCUGGAUCUGGGAGGCGAUGAGUCCAACGUUCACAUUUGGCUGCAGACGCUGCUCGGCCAGAACCCGAGCAUCCUCCUUUGGCCUGUACGGUCCUGGACGGACAGUCUGAGUUUCCUCAGAGAGCAGGGUUUCUCCUCAGAGGAGCUCCUCAGCCUCGUCUCCAGCCUCGGCGCCUCCGUCGCAGAGCUGCGGCCCGAGAACAUGUGGCUGGCACUAGCGUUCGUCCAGAGCGCUCUGGACUGCUCCACAGAUGAACUCAAGAAAAUAGUCAUCUCCUGCCCGGCCAUUUUGCACUACUCCUUGCCCACACUGCUGACGCGGUUCCAGGCCUUGAUGGACAACGACAUGAGCGCCCAGCAGGUGAAGGAAUCUCCCAACGUUCUGGAGCUCAACACACAAAUGGUUCUGUACCGUAUACAGAAAUUAGCUUCGUGCGGCUUUGACGUUCGCUCCGGCAGCUUAGAUGUUCUAGUGGGAACCAAAAAAGACUUUGAGAAGAAGUGCGUCAAACUGAACCUGACUCGAUAAAGACUGUUCUUCACCGCUGUAGCUCCACUCAGGACUGUUGAGGAGUGAGUCAGGGGACGAGGCUUUAUUUACACUGGGGCUUUACACUGGUGUGUGUAAAUGUUUUAUACUUUUACACAAAGUUUUCUACUUCUUUCAAACCUCUGGUGAUACAAAAACAACCCUCCUGAUUAGAGGCGGGUCAAAAGUGAUUAGAUUAGCAAUAUUAAGAACACUCUUAAUGAAUUUGCAAAUUCUCACGUUUCGAGGAAGUCCACUAUUGCACCAGAUCCUUUUUGGGGUCGAUUUGUAUGUUUUCCUCAGUUUGAACUGACCAAUAUCUUGAUAUAUCAUUAUAUGAUCGUCUUCCAAUGUAUUACCCUACCUGUGGAAAGUAUUGCUUUUAAAAUGAUUGUUAAUGUUUUUAUGAAGCAGCUUGCAAAGCACAACGUGGGAAAAGGGUUUUAAACUACCUUGGAACAUAAAGAUUUACUACUGAGAUUGUGGUUUUUGAACACGACAGAUGACUAAUAAAUGUCAA